UCAUGAAAAAUUUACAUCGACAACCCUAAGCAGUACUGAGUCAACAAAAGAAUAGAAUAAAAAUAGAGCAAUACUAAACUAAAAACGCAAAAUAAGUUGUCAAUAGAAGCGAAGUCAGUACAAUACUUAUUUGAUUCAGUAUAAAAUGCUUUCGUUUUUCUCUAAGAAGAAGCCAGAUUCACCGCCAGUAGAAGUAAUUCAAGGUCCUGCGGAUCCUACCCAAUCUAAUGAAAGCGGAGGUGGAGAUGAUUUCAUUUUUGUAGAACGCAAGACUUCUGACAACGAUCCUGCUAGGCUACCUACACAAGGUAUGGGGAUGUAUCCACCGAUGCCACCCACGUUUGGAAUGGGUAAAUUUCCGGGACCGCCUGUUUAUCCAUCGACAUCAAGCGCGGCAAGCGGAUGUGAUACCACGGCGCCAGUCCCAUAUGUUCAGGGUAUACCAUUCGAACUGGCGCCCCAACUGAGUACAAAAAGUGACUUUGAAAUAACACAAUUGCAAGUAGACAGCAUUUUAGCAUUGCUGACGCGUCAAAUGUCGGUGGACGAAAAUGAAGAAUACAAUUUUGCAUUGGAAAGGUCGAUACAAAACGAGUGCUACUAAUGUUUUCGGAGGACGCAUGCAUGUUGUUGAUAUCGCUUGUAUAAAACAACGUAUUUUUAUUUUAAUUAUUAUUUAGGUAUAAGAAAACCCACGAAAUAAUAAAAUUUAAAAAG